ACAUGACUGGACGCGCAACUAUCUUUCAGUGACCGGUGAGCUUUUCAAAUGAGAGGCAAAUCGAUCUCGGAGUCGGUGCAACAAACGGCUGUCUUCCUGGACGCCCCAGGAUUAUUUUCUUAAUCGUCUCGGACGGCGCUAGUUACAUCGAGGGAGAAAAGUAGAAAACGUGACAUGGAAUCCGCGAUCGGGCAUCUCGAGGAAAGCGUGCAAAAAGCCGAUGGGAAGCUGGACAUGAUCGCGUGGCAGAUAGACGAGUUCGAGAAGGCCUUCGAGGACCCGGAGGACGAGAUAUCUGUGCUUCGGCUAUUACACUCUGUCCAUCAGGUUACGAAAGAUUAUCAGAAUCUCCGUCAAGAAAUUUUGGAGGUUCAGCAGUUACAAAAACAGCUUUCUGAUUCACUUAGAGCUCAGCUUAUGCAGGUGCACGGACACUUUAAUUUAUUGCGCAAUAAGAUUGUAGGGCACAAGUCGCCACAGCUGAAAUAAGAGCGAGAUUCGUUGUACGUUUCCGAUAAAUAUCUUUUUUUUUCGCCCUUAACAAGAGGAUGCGCGUAUUUUUCACGAGAUGCGAGUUGAAGUUUAAGUAUCACAUCCAAUGGGAUUGAGUCUCGUUUCCAGUGGGUCAUAACUUUUCGUUAUAUUCGUAAUAUACAGUAUGGCAAAUUGCAAACAGCGAUGCGACCCAUAACUCGGAGAAACGAAGAUUCGAGAACAGUUGGUUGAAAAGUCAUACCACUUCCCGGAAUUUAGAGUCCCAAUUGUAGUAGAGUCAAAAUUUAUAUUUGUUAUAUUAUUCUUUCGUGUAAUAUAAUUUUUGAAUAUUAGAAACUUUAAAGAUUGGAAAUAGAGAUGGACUAAAGAGAGAUGGGAUCGGCACUUCCUCACACUGUAGGAUAUUAUCGACAAAUAACUUAUUUGACUUUUGCCUUAAACGUGGCGAUGGGGCCAAUAUAUAUACGCCGGUGCGUUGAGAGUAGUAUCGAAAAAUGAUCUCUCAUAUUUGAAUUCAUACUGUCUACAUUUCAGCCCCGUUUGUUAUUUGAUCGCGUUAACGAGCAACGGACAAUACGCAACGAUACGUUUGAUCUUUGAAUGAUAAUAUAAAAUCUUUUCAAUAGUGCAUCAACUGAAUGGCUAAACAGCGACAUUUAUGUAUUUUUCAUUAUCAUUAGAUUUUAUCUGUAUAUAUUU